GUGACAGUAGCCUUUACAGGUGUGUGCGGGGACGUUUCGCUUUCGUCUCGUCUCGUCUGCUGAACAAACGUCACACCUGGACACGCCCGGCCAUGCCAUCACAACCAGUUUGUUUUGUUGCAUCAUUUCUCAGAGGCUGGUGGCCGUACUUCUCUUCAUUCUUUAAUAAUCAGCUGGGCAGGCAGUGUGUCCGGCAUUCUUAGCACUUGGGGCGGUGUCUUCGAUCGAGCUAGAAACUCAUCAAGAACGCACAAGAUGGAUGAGCGUCAAUGCGACGGCGUGCAACGCCUCUGCCCGUAUUUCUCCUACCUACAACAACAAGGAAGCAUCUGCCGAGAGUGGCUUUAAAUUAGCCGCCAGCUCAACGAUCAAAAUGUCAGACUAGGGCCCGUAGCUGUUUGGCUGCUUUGCUUUGCAACCAAACUAGAUUGACCGGUUGUUGAUGGGAAAUAUUCUUAAGAAAUGUUCAAGUACGUCCCAACCUUUCGAGUUAUCAACCCUUCGGCACAACAGCAUUUCAGGUUGUUGGGGAGGUGCCUAAGAAAAAUCUCACACAGUUCGUAGUGCCAAGCUGUUUGAAUCGCCAGCAUCGAAGAUGAGGCUCCGCUUUUUCAAAGAUUUUUACGUCAUGGGAUUGGUGAUGACGGGUCUUGUGCUUCUCUCGUUUUAUCGCUUUAACUAUGAAACACCGAUCAUAACCAACACGUGCCAAUAUCCUUCGGCCAUUGCUGAUGGCCAGGCGAAAUGCAAUUUGCCCGCUGAUUACAUUACCGAUUCAGAUCACGUGACCUACCCUUGGAUUGGUGAUCCUACCUGUCAACAUUUCCCCGUUCAGUUUGCAAAGAACAAAACCAGACCCAAAUGGGCUUUAACUUCUUUUCCCGGUAGUGGAGUAACGUGGACACGUCAAUUAAUCGAAGGGGUAACAGGGAUAUACACUGGAACAGUUUACGGACGUGCGGAAUCGCCGAUCGUGUUGACGGGACAUCAAGGCAAUUCGGCGGAUCUCGAUUGUGAAUGCACAAUCCUCAUUAAAGAUCACGACGUCCUUUUACCCGAUUUUGCAUCUUUCCCAACUUUAACGAACAACCUCGUGAAGGAGAAUGAUACCAGGAAAGACAACAAAAGGAGAGGACCCAUACGCAGUUUUCUCUACGGCCAUCGCGGAAUUCUUCUGCUGCGAAAUCCGAUGGACGCAUUGUUUACGUUCGCCCAUUUCCUCGGAUCGUCCGGAAAUCACACGGGCGUGGUGUCAGAAAAAGAUUUCGUAGGUCCUCAGUGGGAUAAAUACAUCGACUACGUGGCGGAUACGUGGGCCGAUCACGCGGUCGGAUGGAUUGAAAACAUUCAAAACGGGACCGUCCUCUUCUACGAAAGGCUCCUUCUAGAAGACACUGCGGUCGAAUUGAAACGUUUAUUGAACGUCAUCCAUUUCGUUGAUCCUCAUCAUCCACCCGUCGAUCCGGAGAGGAUGCGUUGCACUCUGCUACACAAGGACCGUAAGGACCAUAAGCGUACAAAGAAACCCGUGAUACCAUUAACUGCUGGCCAUCGCUUGAAGCUCAUGUCUUCUAUCGAACGAGUUCAAGAGAGUCUGCGCAAAAAAGGCUGGCCCUUGCUGCCCGUCUACUUGUACAAUUUACGUCACGUCGAAAGUCCUGGUAUUUAGACGUGAUUUUGUUUUUGCUUUUGUUUUUAAUAUUUCAGCUGGAUAUCUUAUGCACUAUAUUUACGAAUUUAAAUUGGAUUGGUUUUGAUCUUGGCAACGAUUUUUCUUUUGUUAGUUUCGUCGAGGCGUGAUUAAGGAAAUAGAACAAUGUGACUUUAA